AUGUCUUCACCUGCUCUACCAAGAGAGGGUAGUUUGGUUAACGGGAAUCCGUCAUUCCACCCCAAAUACCUGUCGGAUCUUUGCAAGAUAAAUAUUAGCAAAGACUACAAUUUGCAAAUUGUGAGCAUUGUAAUUUGCUUUCUAAGUAUCAUUAGUUCUGUGUUUGUGUUUCUUGGCGUGGUUCUGUAUCGGAAAGAAACCAAAUCACCUCGUUUGAAUAUUUUAGGUGUGAUCAACAUUUUUGGAUUUAUCUAUUGUCUUUGCAUAGAAGUGGAAUCAAUUAUUAUAACGUUGUUGGGAAAUGUCACAUAUAUUUAUCCUCUUUGUCAAAUUCAAGCAUUCAUUGCGAAUAGUUCAUCGUUAUGCUUAAACACGUUUUCGUUAUGUUUGACAUUUUUCCUUUUUUAUACCGUUAUUGUGAGCAACCAGUACAAAAAGCUAAAAUCACUCUAUCAUCGAUUAUUAAUUGGAAUUUUGGUUGUUUGUGCUUUGAUUUCAAUUCCGUUUUUCGUUUUUAUAUUUCCCAUACCUGUGCCUGGAACUGAUAGAUACGCUGAGCUCUAUGGAAAAUCUUCAAAACUCUGGUGUGAUUUCGCAAAUACUCCGUCACACUUAAUCAACACCUCAUCAACAAGUUUUCCUAGGACAUUUGAGAAAAAUUAUUUAGGAUACGAUAGCAUACCGUUGAUCAACAAUCCAUUUUCUCUUUUAAGGAACUCAAGCUCUGAUCCUGUCGAAUCAUAUUGGGCUAUUUUCUUUGAAAUUGGCUUUUUUUAUAUUCCAAACACCUUGAUCUUAAUAAUUAAUAUUUUGCUCUUUGUUGUGAUUAUAGUGAAAAUUAGGAAGAAUUCAAAAAUGUUGCAAAACCAUCAACUAAGCAUAUCUGUGAACAACACUUCCAUUAAGCCCUCAAUAUCAACCAUAUCCUUAGAAAAUGCGACAGACUCUUCUCCAUCUCUUCCGAUACGAAAUCCUAUUCGAUCCAAGAUGAAUUCAACAAGUCCCUCCAGCAAAAAGAGCUUACCAUCUGGGUCAGUGGGAAAUUUCGAAUCAACAUCAUUCAAUGAAAAUCAAGAUUAUGAAAAUCAAGAAAUUGUAGAUGAAAACAAACCUCUUCUCGCAGUCAAGAGAAAUUUUUCAAGCAAUGUUUCACUGAAUGCCCUCGGUAAAAAACAAAAUUCCUCUACCUCUCUGCAAGCCAUAGCUGUUCAAAAUAAUUUACAAAAAACAGCAACUAUUCAGCCUAUUCAGAGCUCUCAAACGUAUAAUUCAUUUUCAUUCUUGAUGUUUGGAAAUAACAUCAAGUAUUCAACAUUAACACAAAGAGAUAUUGAUGAGUAUAUUCAAUUUUUACAUUCUCAAUCGAGAACAGCUCUUUAUUAUAUCGCUGUAUUGACAAUUAAUUGGAUUGUUUGGAUAGCAUCUAGAUUGUGUUGGGAAUUCAUACAAUGUCAAUCUUCUGAUAGUACCUCCAUUGUUAUUUUUGUGCUCUUGUCCAUUGCAGAACAAUGUAGUGGUCCAAGAAUGAGUUCCAUUCUAUUGAGUAUAAUAUUUGGAAUUUCAGAAGAUACAGUCUCUCCUUCCAAUCUAGCAGACAUGUUACAAGACGUCACAUGCUUGAGAUAUUUCACGACUUAUUGUGCAGAAAGAGAUAAUCCAACCCAAUCCAAUGAAAAUGACAGAGAAGUGAACAUGGCAGAAUAUGAUAACUUGGUAUUCUUUUGGUUUGACAUGUAUCAACUAAAAGCUCUCAUACUACAGAACGACAAGGAAGGGGAAGAAAGGAAAAAGCAAAUUUCUGAAGCAGUAUUGGAAAUUUGUGACAAGUACUUCUCAGAAACAUCCUUUCUCAAAAUUAAUUCUGACAUUAUCUCUAAUCGAGACAAGAAUCAUAUUAGAACAUCAAUAAUGAGAUAUAUCAAAGGGACUUCUCACAACGAAAAUGAUGAUGACUACUCAGAUAGCGAAUAUUCGGAAAAUGGAGACGAAGACACCUCAUCCACCAUUUCUGAAGUGGUUGAUAACAACUCAACCAUUCCUAAGGAAGAUUUGUUUUUGCUUAAUCUAUUGAAACAUCCCUUAAAAUCAACUCUUCGUAAGAUGAACGAAUUACUAUUUGAAUUUAAGACAAGCCCUGCCUUUGACGAAUUGAUUAACGUGCUGAGAAUGAAAGCAGUUUCUCAGAGAAGAAGCUUGUUCAAAGAUAUUCUUUACAAACUUGGACGAUUAUUGUUGCAAUGUUUGGGAAUGUGUCAAGUUUGGUGUCCAAGUUCGCACGAUCCAAAUUCUAUCAGCGGGUAUGAAUCUGUCACUGAAAAUGAAAAGAAUCACAUGGAUCAUAUGGAUGUUCAAAUUAAGGAUUUAUGGUCUUUGGAUUAUUCAAAAGACGUAUUUGAGUACAUCGAUCGCGUCAAGAGUUUAAAAUUAGAUAAUAGAAUAUUGAUGAAAUUCUAA